AUGAAUUCCAAUUCCAACUCUGAAUCAAAACGAAGUAAUUCAGAUGGUAGAGCUCUUUGGACAGUCCAAUUUACUACAAUCUUUUAUGAAGUCUGUGUGGAUGAGGUGUUUAAGGGUAAUCGACCAAAUACCCACUUUACAAAAAUAGGGGGGAAGAACAUUGAAGCGGCAUUUAAAAAUAAGACCGGUAAGUCAUGGGAAUAUCGUAAGUUCAAGAAUAAGUGGGAUACAUUGAAGAAAGAUUGGAUUCUUUGGAACAAAUUGAAUGGAAGUGAAACUAGAUUGGGAUGGGACGUAGCCAAAGGAACAAUAGCUGCAACAAAUGAGUGGUGGGAUAGGAAGUUAAAGGAGGUUUCCGAUGCUUCAAAAUUUCGGAAAAAAGGUUUAGAGAAUUUUCAUUUAUUAGACAUUAUGUUCAAAGAUACUGCGGCUACCGGAGAAAAUUCAUGGACCCCUUCUUCGGGUGUUUUUCCUCCUAAUUUUGAGACUCUCGUAGAUGUGUCAUGUGACUCAUCUGGUGAGCCGAAUCCUCAAAAUGGUCAUGAUGAUAUUAAGAUACUUAGUCCUACACAACCACCUAAUUCUAUAUAUAUAAAUUAG